UACAAAGAUCUGGCAAGCAACACUGACCUGAAUACCAAUUAUACUAAUUAUUACUAAUUAGUAAUUUGUCUAUAUCACCAGCUUAACCGAAUUCUCGACAAACCGAGUCAAUCUGAGUUCAUAUGUGGAUGAAUUAUUUCGAUCUCUUGUUUAUUAUCGAAAUUAAGGAAGCGACAUAUUUCAAAUAUUUGUCUAUAUUUGCCUCUGAAAUUACGGAGGAAAACAUCGGUCUAGUAGACUAAAAUCAUUACAGUCGCUAAAUUUUUGCUAGUUAAAGUAGCAACUAAUUUCGGAUAUGUGGUUGUAUCCCUCAUAUUACUUGGGCAGAUUCCUGUCUAUAGAAAAUGGCGAAAAUGGUGAAUAAAGAUUUAUUACGAUAAUAUCUAAAUUUCGAUUGCAGAUAGUGAGUCUUUGACAGUGUAUCUUUCGAUUGCACACAAUUUCUUACAGGUUAUCUGUUUCUCUUUUUCACGAAAUUGUACUAAUCGAGUUGUAACUUAGCGAACACAACAUACGCGAGGUUUAGUUAUUCGUUGAUAUAAAUAGCGCCCAUACUAUACCAAUAUACCGAAUGAAUAAGUAUUCGAUAUUUAAUCUUUGGUAAUAACACUGACUGUUUUAGUAUAUUAAUGAUUCCCCAAAAUUGAGUACGAACGUAAAGAAGCAGGGUCUCUUUACUCUGUAAACCCUCAUAGUCAUGAGAAUAAUAAUAUAACAACAAGCCUAUAUCACGUUCUGUGCUCGGAAAACUCUUAUUCACUUUUUAAUAAAUCUUCGAUGGUAUCACUAUGGAUAUCUUAAUAACAACUGCUCGUCCAAAACGGAGAGUUAAUAUUCGAAAACAGUGGUUUCUAGCACUACGAACCGUACUCUUGUCGUCGUUACACAAACGGACAAAAACUCUGUAUGAUGAAUGCACUCGAAUCACCAGGCCAUCGGAGAUAGUAUAAUAUCUGAGCACGAUAAAAUUACUUCUGUACGUCCUAUUGACAUCAAGUUUGUAUUACCAAAUACAACUGCUGUGUGGAAUAGUUAUUCAUUAUGAUAUAAGUUAGCUAAACGUAAUAAAUUUCUUACGCCGCAAUAAAGCAUUAUGUAUAUGCUAAGCACUUUGAAAAUUAGCGGGCUACGACGGCGCAGUACAUCGAAUGUUGCGCAGAAUCAGGUGUUUCUCUGAGAGCGCACUCUCGAAAGCGUGAUGGGUAUCGGAAGACAGUUUCUUAAAGUUCUACUAGGACAUAAAAAAUGCUGUAACCAUCAGGAAUCCGCUGUCGAUCCAGGUAAAAAAGUCUCGAAAAGCGAACAACCAGUGUCAGCAGGUAGCCAAAGUCCCCUGUCCUCAGAUACUCCUUUGGAGUGCCAUGAAGCUCUUUCCCAUAUUACAAAAGAUUCCGAUUCAAACGGCCAAAACGAUAUGGCUGUUUCGCUGGGUGACAUCUCGAUAUCAGAACGACGUCCCUUGCGGACAACACCGAGUCCCGGAUCAACCCCUAAACGAAGGCCAUCUACACUUAGCAUUCCUUCGGGUUCUGCGUCGCCCUUCACGAUCACUGCUCACAAACCCACUGUUUUACCAAAGGUGUCGACAGACGAUGACUCUCCUCGAGUACCCGAAAGCAGGACGCCGACGACAAGCAACGUCCUGCGGAAGGUAGCUUCUAUUACACUGGAUCGAAAUUUCGAAAAUCCUCGAACCCCACCUCGUACGCCACGUGCCCCAACCGAUGCGCCAGGACUACAUCAACAAUUUGGCGAUAAGUUUGAAGGACACAUGUUACUUAACUGGUUAAUGAUUGGAUGUGGUGAUGGACAGAAAGCGGAGAUCAAGGUAAUUUUGUUGAAGUUGUGCUCGAAACUUUUAGAAGCUGGAAUCAUGACCUGCUGCGAGGAUGAAGGGGGCGGGUCCUUCAAACUUAAUCACAUGUAUGAAUUUCAAAGGCAGCCGCCUGUGCAACAGCAAUCUGCUCCAGCAACGAGGAGACUGUCAGCUGGAAGCACAGGCUCACUUUUGCCUAAAAUAAGUGAAACGGGACCAACAACGUUAGAGGGUAUGCAGGAUGCAGAAAUUCAAUGUGAGCUUACUGGCACUGUGGAAGAACGAGUCCGAAAUCUAGAACGCAUUGCCCAGAGCUGCCAGACAGACGAGUACGAAGCGCGGGACAGCCUGUACAGCUCAUUCAGAAACCCAUCCGUUGAACAGGCAUGUCAGCACGUAUCAUCGACCAUUGAAGGAUAUACACAAACCGCAAGCGAUAAUGACAGCACUACGCUAUCCUCACCUGGGUUAAGUAGCAAUGUAGUGGAUCACAGCAGUGAAGCACAAACAACUCCACUAUUGUCAAAAAAAAAAACCUUGACAGUUGAUCGAAUGGGGACGCCUUUAGAUCAAGCUAUAGUAUGUCCCGAAGCCAAAGAGCAAAGCCAAGCUUUUAACGAACCUCAAUCGACAGCAGGACCCACGGCGGUGUCCAUUACAAGUCUUCCAGCUGAAACAGGUUCAUUGGCGGUGCUUUUGCCAAUGAACCCUCUUCCUCCUCCACUGUUGAUGCCUGAUGUAGUCGUUAGAGCACCCCCACCACCGCCGCCACCCCCACCGCCACCCCCACCGCCACCAACAUCUGGAGGCGCAGUUUUGGGUACACCACUUCCACCGCCUCUGCCACCAUUAGCUGGUAUGGGAGGCUUUGCGUCGUCACCAUCAGUGCCCGAAAUGGGUGGUCCUCCACCAGCGCCACCCCUCUCAGGAUUGGUAAAUCCACCUGCACCUCCGUCACCCUCUUUUCCGGAAUGUGCCGGAGGUCCGCCACCGCCACCCCCUUUUUCGGGAUGUACCGGAGGUCCGCCUCCGCCACCCCCUUUUCCGGGAUGUGCCGGAGGUCCGCCUCCGCCAACGCCACUUCCUCCAGGAGCCCCCGGACCACCGCCGCCGCCAAUGCCCGGAAUGGGAGGUCCUCCACCAGUUCCACCUCUGCCUGGAGUGGUAAAUCCACCUCCGCCUCCGCCACUUCCCCCAGGAGGCCUGGGACCACCACCACCUCCAAUGCUGCCAUGUCCUCCGGUCGGUGGUUGGAGCCAGGCGUAUCAAAAUGUUAGGAAACAGGUUAAACAGCCGAAAGCUCCAAUGAAGCCAUUGUUUUGGAGACGAAUACAAGUUAAUACGCCGCCAGCAAUGACACAGCAAGCCGUCUCGCCUACACCGGACGAUGGCGGUGCUGUCGAUUCUCCACCAGAAGAAAAAACGUGUCUUUGGGAAAAGUUGGACGAGGACGAACCACUUUCAUGGGACGAGUUUACAGAGCUCUUUGGACGUCAAGCUCCUGUCAAGAAAGUGGAAAGGGGAACGGCUAAAGAUACAAUAAAGGACAAAAAGGCCAAACAGGUCGUCAGCUUGUUGGAUGGAAAACGUUCGCAAAAUGUGGGCAUUCUUAUAUCAUCAAAGAAGAUUGAAGUAGUUGAUGUAGAACAAGCUCUAUACGAUGUCGAUACAUCUAUUGUGCCACUGGACGUACUAACUUCGAUCUUUGAACUGCGAGGAACUUCCGAGGAACUUGAUCUCAUUACGCGGCACCUGGAAUCCAAGCCAGACGUCCCGCUUGGCAAGAGUGAGUUGUUCCUUUGGGGAAUUUCCAAGAUCCCAUUUUUCGCUGAGCGUAUGGCUUGCAUCACUUUUGAGAGUAACUUUCCAGAAAACCUUGCAUCAGUCGAAAAUCGCCUUAACAACCUUAAGAUAAUAUGCGAGACUCUACUAACGUCGCAGCACGUUAAAAAUGUCUUCGCUAUAAUACUUGCGUUGGGUAACUAUAUGAAUGGCGGAAACCGUGAUCGGGGUCAGGCGGAUGGAUUUGGUAUCGAGAUCUUGGCGAAGCUAAAAGAUGUGCGAAGCAAAGACAGUUCUAUGACUUUGUUACACUACAUCGUCCGAGUUUACGUGGACAAACACCAGUCAGAGGAUGAAUCCGCAGCUAAGUUCCCGCUGCCGGAACCCGCCGACUUCAUUCGAGCGUCGGAGCUCAAUUUCGACUCACUGAAAGAGGACCUCGACGCACUUAACCGUGAAAUUCAAAAUAUGGAACGAAAAGUCAAUAAAGUACUCGAUAGCGUAACCGAUAAUGUCGAGCCUUUUAAAGGCCGUAUGGAAGCUUUCCUUAAGAAGGCAUACACCGAGCACAGUGAACAGAACGACAACUUUGCGGAGUGUCGUAAAGUGUUUGACAAGGUCACAAAGUUCUACUGCUUCGAGACGCGCAGCAAUAAAGAGAGUGAUUGGACGAUGGAGUUUUUCACACCGUGGAUUCCAUUUAGCACUGACUUUAAAAAUAUUUGGCAAAAAGAAUUACAGCGACGCGCUAAGGUUAAAUUAGAAGCAGCGGCUAGCAAGGUCAAAGAAUUAAAGAAGGCAAAACGUAAGGACAUUGUAAAGAGUAAAGGCGGACUAAAGGAAAAAUUACGCAAAAAGGGACUUCUUGGCGACUAGACUUGAAACAACUUGUGCUGGUACCAAAGUAGAGACACUCAGACACAGACACAGAGUUACCGUACGAUUUAUAGAAUUAUCGCAGCGGCUAUAUUAUACUUAUAGUUCGAUAUGCAAUAUUAUUGAAACAGUUAUUAAGUGCAGCUAGCCAAACAAAACACUUCCUGUUAGAAAUCCAUCAGGUUUUGGAAUGGACGCUGCCGAGAGUUUCACAGUUGAAAAAAUCAUUAAGAAGCGCGCCAUUACGCUUCCAUGAAGUUUGUUUUACAUGGAUCUCAUCUUCAUGAAUGUGUCUUGCCAAUUUUUCAAGGAGUAGAUUUUCGAAUGCACAAAAGGUAAACGACGCAACCUGUGUAUAUAAAACGUGCAGCGAUUGCUUUCAUAAUCUAUGAACGUGUCAAAUAAUACAGCGUAUCUUUCAUCAGAACCCAACACAACAUUUGCCACCAAUGACGCGCGUGUGUUGUUUGUCAUAAAGCCAUCAAACAAUACCACUGAUCAGUUACCCUACUCACAUACUUCAUUAGUAAGGUAUACAGGUCUAUUGUCACUUUAUGUUGCCUGCCAAAGCGUGCAUGCAUAUGUGGAGGUGCGCAAGAGAAAAAUGCGAAUAUUGUAAAUUAAUUCGCUACUCUAAAAGGAGCUGUUCUAUGUUUACCUAUGACCAUUAUACAGAAUAUCCGUAGUCAAUACUAAUCCGAUUAAUGUUGUUAAUGUUAAUGCACAAAUGCAAAUGAUCUAAAGUGCUUUUCCAUAUUGAAAAAUGAACACUAGAAUAUUAUACAUAAAUAUGGGAACUCCCGUUGGUUUUUAGAAACCAAAUACUGUGAUAAGUAGCCAUCACACUUCAGAAUCAAACGCAGUGAUGAAGCUCGCAGAACAAUAAAACAUCUGCAAAAUAUAGAA